AAAGGUUCUUGCAUGGGAUCUAAAAAUAGCUUUCGUGGAAACUGAAAGUAGAAAUAUUCCGUGGAAAGGGAUUGCUGCGGGACGUUUCUUGCUGACCAUUGAGACCCGAUUGAUGCAGUGGCAGUGCAACAGUCAAGUGACAAGGAGAACCAGCAGAGUAUUCAUCAGAUGUACAAAUAGACAAAAGGAACCUGUAGAGCCAUAAAAAUAGACAAAAAGAACUCAUAAGAUGUUAAAAUAAACAAGAAGAUUUGGCUGAGUGUUCAACAGAUAUAAAAAUAGACAAUAAGAAGCAGCAGAGCAUUUAUCAGAGGUUUCAUCAGACAUCAAACAAAGGACAGCACUUGCUGAUUUGACAUGGAAGAGGAGGAAGCUAUUGACCUUCAACCAAAGUCUCAUAGAAGUCGUCGGACCAGGCCCUUAACCAAAGCUGGCCUGAGGGAGCUGUUAACAGAAAAACAACCUUAUGAAAUAAUCUUACGAUUAGCUAGUGCUGAUGGUGGCUUGGAGCAACUUGUUGCUAAUGUUUCUCUGAGCAUUGAGGAGAUUGUCCUGCUGAUUUAUGUCCUAGAUAAGGCCCUGAUCCCAUCAUUGCUAACAUUCAUGCGUGAUAGCAUCAAAGACAUUCUUGACAAGUUCCUUAACAGUGAUUUCCUGAAUUUCAGCUUGUUUCAUUUAGUGCAAAAUCAGCUUGACAAACAGGAGUGUAAAAUUGAGAUUUUGAAAGGAACUUUGAAAAUUUUGCGUCACUUACUGGACAUCUGUCCAGACACUGCAUUCAUUAAGAUUGUUGCUUUUCAAAGCUUGCUGAGGGAGAAGAUCAGCGGAUUGCCAGGUACCCUUGAUUCUGAGCUGCAAACAGAGUACCAGGCCUUUGAAGAACUGUUUAAAUAUCAUGCAUCUAAGAGAAACUUUCAAAAAGACCCCAAACGUGAAAGAUAUCGUGGAUUUAGAGUAGGAGCAGAUGAUGAGCAGGCACAGUAUAAUUUUCGCGACUUGCCAUUGAUUCCCACGCAGCAGGAAUUGACUUCUGAUGAAGAAGUUUUCUUAAGAUGCAAUAUUAUCAACGGCAGAUAUGAAAACAUAGAGCAGUACCUUGACACGCAGUUUCGUCUGUUUCGUGCAGACCUCAUUCUUCCACUUCGAGAGAGCAUUGACAAGUUUCUUGGUAGCUGCAACCUGCAGGACACAGCUGCUGGAUGUCGAAAAGUGAAUGUUUAUCGGGGGGUGCGUGUACUGCGACCUGUGUGUACAGAGCGCAACAUUGCAUACCGCUUGUCCUUUGAUGUCUCAGCUCUGUCAUCUGUGGACUGGAGGACAACUCAGCGACUGAAGUAUGGGUCACUGCUGUGUCUGUCACAUGACAACUUUGCAACAUUUAUUUGUGCAGCUGUUCAUGAGCACGAGCCAAAUCUCUUGCUCAAUGGGCUGGUUGAUGUUGUGUUUUUGCUGGAGCAGGAUGAACUGCAUCAUGUGACUGAAAUGUCUCGUGACACGCGCUUUGUCAUGGUGGAGUCACCGGCAUAUUUUGAGGCAUAUCGUCAUGUGCUGCAAGGACUGAAAAACAUGAACCAGCACACUUUUCCUUUCCAGCAGUAUAUUGUUGACUGUCAGAUUCAAGUCCACCCUGCACAGUAUCUCCAGAGGGGGAAUUCAGUGAAGUAUGAUUUUCGACCACUGUUGCAAAAAGGAUUUGUUGUCAAGGAUACCCCUGCAGACCUGGGUGGAGCACUUAAUUUGGAGGAUGUUGAAGGUACAGUAGAGGUAAUAUCUGAAAACGAAUGGCCCAAUCAGGAGGAUUUGGGUUUGGAUGCUUCUCAGCAGCAUGCACUGUACUUGGCCCUCACAAGGGAAGUUGCUUUGAUUCAGGGACCUCCAGGCACAGGCAAGACAUUCCUGGGUCUGAAAUUGGUAUUGAUGCUGCUGCACAAUGCUCAUGCUUGGCAGGAUCCAGAACAACGGCGCCCCCUGCUGAUUGUGUGCUAUACCAAUCAUGCUCUUGAUCAGUUCCUGGAGGGACUUUUGGACAAUUUCUCAGGUACUCUUGUACGUGUGGGUGCACGCAGCAAGAGCGAAAAGCUCCAGGCACAUAGUCUUAUCCACUAUCGCACACGUGCACGGCAGAACAGGAAAAUUCCCAUGGAAGUGUAUGAGGCCCGACUUCGAGCAAGAGAUGAGCUGAGAUCAAUGACUAUUCAGAUCCAUGGGAUGGCUGCAAAACUUGAGUUAGCGGAGCAGGAAAUCAUGAAAGAGUCUUUUCUGGAAGACUUCAUUGGCGGACACAAAAAAUCAUUCACAACACGUGGCCAGGAGGACUGUGGCAUACUGUCAUGGCUUGGUCUGGACAAGGUGAAUGAACGGCUGCUGUAUCAGGCCCAACAUCAUCUCCAGAAGCUUCCUUCUGCUAGACAGCUGAAGUCACAAACAAUACGCAAGACAGUUGCUCAGACAGCAGCACCUCAUCCUGCUGCUAAUGAUGAUGAUGAAGAAGAAGAUGACGAUGAUGAUGAUGAAAUGAUGGAGGAUCUGGCAGCAGCACUGAGAGACAACCAGCAGCAGAGACAGCUAGAAGAAGAUCUGUUUGAUGACUUUGAUUUUGAGAUGGAGGAUGAUAUGCUUGAGGCACGGGAAACACAGGGAGAGAAAUUUCACAGAAAGAUGCAAGAACUGGAGUUGUCUGCUGCCAAUAUGCGAGCAACACAGGUGGCACUAGACAUCACAGGAUUUUGUGAUGAAGGAGCAAUGACUAUUCCAGAUGAAGUAAAACUCAGUGUCCCUAAAGGGGAACAAAAGAAAUUGUCAGAGAGCUAUCGUCGACUUAGGAGCAACUUUAAAAGACUGCUUCAGAGCAAGCUUCGUGAUACAAACAUGAUGUUCCUUGGAGAGGCUGAUAAAGUGACAGACAUUUGGAAAUUGAAAUCACCUGAUCGGUGGCGAUUGUACAGGCACUGGGUGGACCAACUCUGCCGCCAGGCACGUGGUGAAAUUCGGGAUUUGGAGCAGACAUAUUGCAGAAAAGCUCGCAAGUAUGAGGAAACUUUACAACAAGAGGAUCGUGCAAUCCUCCAGAAUGCAACCGUCAUUGGGAUGACAACUACUGCAGCUGCUCGUCACCAGGGGGCGCUCCAGGCUAUUGGGCCCCGUAUUGUUAUAGUGGAAGAAGCAGCAGAGGUUUUUGAGGCGCAUGUUGUGACAACACUGAGCAGAGAAUGCCAGCAUCUCAUUUUGAUUGGUGACCACAAACAGCUGCGUCCCACUCCAGUUGUAUAUGACUUGGCUAAACGUUGUGGCCUUGACAUUUCUCUCUUUGAGCGCAUGGUAAACAACCGCUUCCAGGUUGGCUGUUUGAAUUUCCAGCAUCGCAUGAGGCCUGAAAUUUCCUUCAUGAUGAAGCUGCCUGAUCUAUAUCCUCAGUUGGAAGAUCACAAAAUCGUCCAGCAUUAUCCACCCAUCUGUGGUGUUGCUCAUAGUGUGUUCUAUAUCAGCCACUCCCGAAGUGAAACCCAUGAUGAGGAGACAAGGAGUUACAGUAAUGAGCAUGAGGCCACUUUCCUGGUGGCUCUCUGUGCUCACCUGCUGAAACAGGGCUACAAGCCAGAGCAAGUGGUUCUCCUUACACCUUACUCUGGCCAGAUUCGCUUAUUUGGAAAGUUGAUAUCAAAAAAAGGAUUGAAGGGUGUUAGGAUCAGCUCAGUGGACAACUUCCAAGGAGAGGAAAGUGACAUAGUUCUUCUCUCCCUUGUACGCAGCAACUCUGAUGACAGCAUUGGCUUUCUCAAGUUUAACAACCGCAUCUGUGUGGCUCUGUCACGUGCUAAGCAAGGUCUUUAUGUGAUUGGCAAUCUGGAGCUGCUGAAGAGAUCCAGCACCCUUCUGGAGCAGGUGGUGAGGCGGGCCGAGGGACGAAGAGUGUAUGGUAAUGCCCUUCCCCUUGCAUGCAGCAAUCAUCCAAAUGAAAAGAAAAUCUCAGUUCAAAAUGCAGACGAUUUCAAGCAGGUUCCAGAAGGUGGGUGUAAGAAACGGUGUGAUGUGCGUUUAGCAUGUGGCCAUGUCUGCAUCAGGAUAUGUCACCCACAACAGGAUCAUGAGGGGCAGCCAUGUAACCUCCCUUGUGCUCAGCAGUGCAGCAGGUGUGGCAAGAGAUGUUCAGCUGAUGAUCAUCUGUGUUCUGGACAUGUUGAGUGCAAGUGUACCACAGAAAUAGAGCUUCCUCGCUGCGGGCACGUGCAGCCAGUAUCGUGUGGAGGAGACCCUUCAGUCACUGUGUGUCAGGCUGAGUGCAAAAAAAUUAUGACCUGUGGACACAGAUGUCAAGCAAAGUGCGGUGAGCCUCACACAUCUGCAUUACAGUGUCGAGCUAUGGUGCAGUUGACUGGACAAGCCUGUGGCCACCAGUUUGAGGCAGAGUGUCGCCUGAGAGACAUUGCUAAAUGUUCAGCACUAUGCGGACAGGAGCUGGUUUGUGGGCAUGUGUGCGCGGGAACAUGUGGUGGAUGUCAGCAAGGGCGACUGCAUGUGCCAUGCAGUCAGAGUUGCCGGAAAGUUCUGGUGUGUGGCCAUGACUGUCAGAGCUCUUGUUGCCAAUGCCCACCUUGUGGGAGGAAGUGUGAGAAUAGGUGUGUGCACUCACGAUGUGACAAGCUCUGUGGUCAGCCUUGCAGACCUUGCAUCAUGCCGUGCAGUUGGAAAUGUCAGCACAGACGCUGCACCAGGCUGUGCUGCGAGCCUUGUGACCGCCAGCGCUGCAGUGAGCCAUGCCCCAAGACACUUGACUGUGGCCAUGCCUGCAUUGGUCUGUGCGGAGAACCUUGCCCCCCUCUUUGUCGGGAAUGUGAUAAGGAGGAACUGGAUGACUCUUUCUUUGGUGAGCCAGAACCAGAAGACAGGUUUGUAGUCCUGGAGGACUGUGGUCAUGUUUUUGAGGUGACUCAACUGGACAGGUGGGUGGAUGAGUACAGCCGUGGAUCUGUCGAAGGAGCGGCUGACAGAGAAGUAAAACUGCCGCUUUGUCCACAAUGCAAAACUCCUAUACGCUGCAAUCUUCGCUAUGGUAAAGAAGUCAAAACUGCACUAGAACAAAUAGAGGAGGUGAAGAACCGUUGCCGUGGCAACCAGGAGCAAAAUGAUAUAUUGUUUCGCAAGGUAGAACAGGCUCGAAGCCAGCUGCCUGCAGAAUUAAAAGAAAAGGUCAAACCAUUUUUUGAAAACAAAGGUUUGUUUGAAUCGCGCUUGGCAGCUCAGUUCUAUCAGCUAACUCUUCUAACAGACCUCAUCCAGCUGCAAAGACAGGUCAGCAGCGCAAAAGCUAGAUGGCCUGGCCUGGCUGAUGCAUUACAACACUUUAGAGAGCGACCUUGCUCAUAUGGUAGAGUGGUUAUUGCUUCCUCGCAGCGUCUUGACCACUCAAGAACAGUUUGAUGCCCAUCAAGAAUCUCACCGUCUUCGCUUACUGUCUUAUCUUCUUCAUUGCCGCCAUACAAUCUCCACUGAUAACAUCCAGGUUGAAAAAAGACUGAUGCAACGGCUCGUGACCAACAUUCGAGUUCUCCAGCAAGGAAAUUCUCCUUCUGAAAAUGACCUAGAUGAAGGGAGAGAAGUGCAAACUGCAUUGCAAGAAAUUAUUAAAGACCCUUACAGUCUCUUGACAGAUGAAGAGAGACGAACAAUUGUGCAAGCAGUGAGCCUUCCUACGGGACACUGGUAUGCCUGCGCUAGAGGCCACUAUUAUGUUGUUGGAGAAUGUGGUCGCCCAUUAGAAGAGGGAAGAUGCCCUGAGUGCCAAGGUGCAAUUGGUGGACAGAAUCAUGCACUAAUAGAGACGAAUCGUCAUGCACCAGAAAUGGAUGAGGCUGAGGGUCCUGUAUGGAGUGAAGAGCGAGACUUCCAACUGGCCAUGCUUCUGCAGGAGCAAGAAUAUGGAAAUUGGCGAUAGAGCAGCUUUGAUACCUGCAAGAACCUCCUACACCUUUGCCCGUGUUUGUCAACUCCGAGUACAUAUUCUGUGAAGUUUCAGAGACAAUAAAAUACUAAUUCUGUAACCUGUAUUAGAGAUAUAUGUAAAGUUAACACUCAAAGCAUUAUGACUAGAAGAUUGCAAUAUUUCCAAACCAUUAACAAUUACCAAGUUAACUUAUUGCAGACCUGUAGCAAGUGACUUCCCAAGAGUUGUUACAUCAGCAAAGCAUCUGUGAAAAUCACGUUAGUAAUUCACUGUUGGUCUGGGGAACAUACAAAAACGCAGUUAGGCUAUAUGGCUUACUUGGAGAAUUCUAUAAAUAGGGUUCGGAUUAUAUUCUCUUUUCUCACCAUCUACUUUUUGGCAAUGGUCUUUUUCUUGACCAGUGGACUGAAUCAAUAACACAACCUUUACAUAAAAAAGACGAUGCUAGUAAAACAGAAAAUUACCAAGGCAUUUCCCUAGUAAAUGUUCAAA